AUGAUUAUCACACGUCAAUCAUCCAUACGUCCGCUCAUUUUCUCGCUCCUCGCUGUAUCGGUAGGGCUGUCCAAAGGACUUCAUUUGCUACAGCAUAUAUCUUCUAUUCCAGGACCCAGUUUUGCUCUAUAUUUUCCAACCUUUUUCAUCCUUGAAACGCUGUUGUGCAUCGGCUCCUGGCUUCUUUUGUUCAAAUGCGAUGGCGUGAAAUCCGUCCUAGGGUUUGUUGCGACUUGGGCCAUCACAUCCCUGACUCUUGUUCUAUGUGCAUCUCAAAUUGCCUUUUACCUAGUGACUGGCAAUGAGAUUCGAUGGGAAGCAGCCACAGCGACCGGGAGCGACCCAGAAGGAGUCCGACUUCUUCUGUCCGGAAUCAAGACUUUUAUGGCCGCUGCGAGUGUCAUAAUUACACUGUCAUGGCUACUCAAGAAUGGAUUAUAUUAUGCGAUGGGCCACUGGCUCUCUGCACUAUUCAACAGACCAUCGACUGAAGAGGCAGACAAAGAAGCCCUUCUACCCAGUUCUGAAGAGAAAGCUUCAGCUUCAAGUCCCGUUAGACUCUGGACUAUCAUGACUGUGGUCACAGUUGCAACUCUGCGCUUCACUCGCCCCCAGGUACCAUACACUCAUAUGUCGGGCGCAAUACCGUUCACCUUUUUCCAAGCACUGCGCUCAGGUCCUAAUAAGGGUCAUGGAGACCAGACAUUCCCACUCACAGCCCUAGUUGGGGAGGAGUAUUGGGAAGGUCCCCAUGAUCACUUCAAAGGCUGGGCCCCGGGGAUGACGGGAGAAAACUCCACUCUUGGGCAUUAUAGUGCCAUGGAUGAUCCUUUGCGAAUCACAAACCUCGACUAUGAAAUGAUUGAGCCUUUGACUCGGGCUCUCAAGGACCACGAAAUUCCGAUUACACAUGUUGUUCUUGUGCUAAUGGAGAGUGCUCGCAAGGAUAUCUUCCCUUUCAGGGCAGGCUCACACUUGCACGAAGAGAUUUUGUCCUCUUGGAACACCCAAGACCCCGGUAUACUCCAAAGAGUCAAUGAAAAGCUGUCAAAUCUCACACCGGUUGCAGAGAAGCUGACAGGUCAAUCUGGCGGGUUCAUGAAGUCCCAAAACAGUUCUCGGUCUCAUGAUACUCAAUGGAAAGAUACAGCAGCGGCCGGAAUGGGCGGCAUCAACAUUGAUGGUAUCCUCACUGGCAGCACUCUGUCAUUCAAAAGUGCAAUUGUGAACUACUGUGGCAUGGGACCACUACCGGUGGACUUCAUGGAUGAAGUCAAGGCGAAGACCUAUCAGCCGUGUAUUAUGCAGGUCUUCGAUAUGUUCAAUCAAGUCAAAGAGAAUGCCACGACAAAGGACCCAAGCUUGCAUGGAUCACACGGUGGGCUCAAGUCUAUGCACGAUCGCAAUUGGACUUCUGUGUUCUUGCAGUCUAUAACAGGGUUAUAUGAUGAGCAAGACCAGCUCAAUGAAAAGAUGGGGUUCGAGAAGUCCAUCUAUCGGGAGCAGAUUGAAGAAGAAGGCGCCAAACACUUUCACCCAGGAAUGGAGGAGAUCAACUAUUUUGGAUACCCCGAGUAUGAGGUUUACCCAUAUCUACGCGAUGUGGUCAGCCAGACGAUCCAAAAAGACGAACGCCUUUUCCUCUCUCAUUUCACAUCAACAACUCAUCACCCAUGGGGUACACCCAAGGAUUACUUGGUCGAGAAGUACUUCUCUGACGACGGUCUCGUGGCAAAACAUGAAGAGAUGAACCAAUAUUUGAACGCUGUCCGAUACGUGGACGCCUGGCUCGGGGACAUGAUGAAGGUCCUCGAUGAAUUUGAAAUUGCAAACGAGACGUUAGUCGUGUUUGUGGGGGACCAUGGCCAAGCAUUCAACGAAGACGCCCCGGUAUCAGGGACCUACGAGAAUGGACAUAUCAGCAACUUCCGCAUCCCACUCCUAUUCCGACACCCUCUACUACCCAAGCUUCAAAUAACAGCAAACGCAACCUCGAUGUCCGUCGUACCGACCAUUCUCGAUUUACUCGUGAACACAGGCUCCUUGAAUGAGAUGGACUCAAACGCAGCCCUCGACCUUAUGAACGAGUACGAGGGCCAGUCGCUCAUACGCCCGUACCAAGCCACCCACAAUGGCCGACAAGCCUGGAAUUUCGGCAUCAUCAAUCCUGGCGGCACAAUGCUCAGCGUUGGAUCUGCGGCUGUUCCAUAUCGUCUUAUCCUACCACUGAACCCAGACUUCGAAUACUUCUUCUCGAACAUGGAUACCGACCCGAAUGAACUGGCUCCGUUGCGAGGGUGGUCACUCGAGGAAUUGACCCCCGAGUAA